AAACUGUAUGUUCACCGGUCGCCAUUACUGCAUUCAUUCAUACAGUAAACCGCAGUUGGAAACUGAACAACGGUCAACCAAUUUCACCCUAGGCUUUCGCUCUGCUCCAUGAAUACCACGAUCCGGAGCCCGGACGACUGAAACACAAAGUACAGAAUGUCCUUGCCAGGCUACCACCCUAUCUGUGUGCUGUUCCAAGGGAACGACAGUGCACUGGAUGGUACAUACCGUCUGGUGUGUCGUCAUCAAGUAAGACAGAGAGACUUCAAUCCAGGUGAUAAUGUUGAAGUUGAUAUGGGAGAUGACAUUGGCCUUGAUGGCAGGGACGAUGAUGAUGUCACAGUCAUCAGUGACCAAGAUGAUGACCAACGAUGGAAAGACGCGAUAGCCCUCGGUGAUGAAAUGGUGAUGUCACUCCUUCGGAAUUUAUGUAAGAAUCAGCCAGCUGGGAAGAAUCCGUGGAGUGCCAGUCACCAAAAGAUAAAGCGAAGGAGAGAUGACGAUGAACGUGCUACCAAAAAGAUUAAAGCUGAACCUGGUAUGGCAGAAUGUACAACAUCCCAAGGAAGAUCAGACAAGGCCGAUAGCAGCCACACAGACCUCCUCCUCCAGAAAGUCUUGUCAGCCGUCCAGUCUCUCCAGCACAGUCAAGACCUUGUCAUGUCAGAGAUGCACACCAUACAACAAACUCAACGUACCUUAAGCAGCCAGGUCACGGCAGUUCAGAAAUCUCUGUCCCACCUCCAGGAGAACGCUAAUAAAGGAAUGGGUUACAGCGCUUCCAGUAACCUCGCGGCGAUGGCGACACCCAUCUCUCUCUACCUCUCGCAGAAUACAACAAGCUCAACUCAACCGACAAACGAGGACAUAUCUUGCCUUGGGAUAUCACAGCCACAGCCGAGCCCAUCCACACAGUCCUCAAGUGACAGCCAGAUUGUGAUCUCAAACCCGACGAGUCAAAACCAAUCUUCCCUGUCAAUAUUCCACACCGAAGAAAGUUUGAAUUCCCUUGCCACAUACCCUGCCCAAGCCAGCCCCUUGUACUCCAUCUCACAAAUUCCUUAUAACUUCCGCUACACAGACGACAAUGAAAGUCAGGUCUUCAUCGGUUACACAGACUCUCCACUGACACUCAGCAAAAAUGAGAUGGACGACAUUAUCUUUAAGACUAACACCCCGGCCUCGUUUGCCUAUCGCCUGACCAGUAAAAUCUUCAGCAAUGAGGAGUUGCUGUUGGGCAACACCACGGGGAAUGCCAGCAAGAAGAGCGGCAAGACCUACAAAAAGCUCAAUCCUACCUACGUCGACAUCAUCCUCAUGGAAGUGGAGUCCAGGUUUCCCUCCUGUCGGAACACCAAAGAAGGCACCAAGAGACUAUUCACGGCGAUCAAUGAAAGGUGUCGAAAUGAAAGGAAGAAAAUGGUGUAUCGAUAUCAAGACCCCAUCUUCAAAAUCUCAAAAACGCAGAGUUUGAGUACAGAAUAUCAAGAUGAUUGAAGACGUCCUGUUAAAAAAGGUAUCAAACUCCAGAAUGGUUUCAAACUUGGUUUGAAAACAUUUUCCCCAUCUGAAUCAUUAACUUCGCAAUGUCCUCCUUAAACAUCAACGGGGUCCCAGGCUUUGACACAAACAAUGGGAGAUAUCCUAGAGGUUUUGGUUCUCCUUAGGAUGGAAGUGUUUAUCAGAGGAUGACAAAAUUACAACCUUAC